CCUUCGUUUCGUUUCCACUUCCAACUCAAAUCCUCAACUCCGCUCGCCCGCUGGUGACGAUGGAGGCGGCGAGGGCGGAGGAAAUCGUCUGGCACCCCGUGCGGAGCGGCAUCAGCCCGGAGCCGCGUGCGACGCAGUCCCUCCGCCGUCCGCCCGCGCGCCUUCGACAGCCACGCCGACUGGCGCGCCCUCCCGCGUCCGGCCAUCGCCGCGCUCUUCCUCCACCUCCCGGUGCUCGACCUCUUCCGCCUCGGCCACCUCUUCACCCCUCGAUGGCUCGAGGUCUGCGCGGCGAGCCGCUCGAGCUCCACGACGCGCAGUUCGCGCGCCUCCCCAUCCCGCGCUCCCACGUUGCCGACGCCAUCGGCAACGUGCUCGACAAGUACCUCGCCGCCGGCGAAGACGAAGUUGAACACGAGGACGUCGACGAAGAUGACGGCGGCGGGGGCGAAGGAGAGGACCGCGACGACGAAUUGGAGGACGGCGACGACGGGGAAGGAAUCUGUGGCGCGGCGGGCCGCAGGCGCGUCGAGUCCUUCCGGGUCGAGUGCACGGAAUGGCUCGCCGAGCACGCCGCCCGCUGGUGCGCGGCGCUCAAGAAUGGGUUAGCGGACGAGGUCAUCCUCUUCAACCGCGGCGACCCUCCCGUUCUCUCCCCCGUCCCGCCGGGCCUCCUCCAGUGCGCCACCGUCACGAUCCUCCACCUCGGCUUCUUCACCGUCGAGGCCGGGGAGCUCGACGCGCUCACCGAGACCAUCCACCUCGGGCUCUACGGCUGCGCGUGCCGCCCCGGCGUGGUCGAGGGCGUGGUCGCCGCGUGCAGGAAGCUGCACAAGCUCUGGAUCCACGACUGCGCGCCGCCGCUGGAGCACGUCGUCGUGAGUUCGGCGAUCAGGCUCUGGCGCAUCUCGAUGCUCCGGACCGCAGCCCGCAGCCUCACCGUCCACAACGCCCCGAUACUCCACGAGAUCGUCUUCCCCGCCCCCGGCGCCAUGGUGAGCAUCCGCCGCGCGCGGUGGCUGCGCAGGCUCAUUUCCCUCCACUUCCCCACCAUUUCCCUCGAGAUCGAUCGUGAGCAGAUCCCGCCGCAGCCUCAGACUGAGUGGUUAGCGACCGUGUGUCAGUGACCACGCUCGUGCUAGUCGUGGACUACGCAGCGCUUGGCGGCGCCGCCAUGGCGCCGUUCGCCGUGGAGCAGAUGCUGCGGCCUUUCCCUUACCUGAAGGAGCUGUUCAUCCAGGUAAAUUAACUAACCCACACCAUCAACUACCACAACAUCUUAAUCUAGACCACCAUUGUUCUUCCUAUUCGACCAGCGCAAGGACGAGGUGUCGGAGGCGGAAGGGCUGGCCUCCAGCAAGGACCCGCGCGGCUACCAGCACCUCUUCGACUGCAUCCAGUGCGCGGCCCGUGAGCUCUCCGUCCUGAACCUCGUCAACUUCCAGGGCGGCAAGGCGGAGCUGGCGCUCGCCAGGGCGAUCCUGUACAAGGCGAGGCCGCUGAGACGCAUCGUGCUGACGCACUCCGGCCGGGUCAUGGAAGCGUUCGUGGAGGCGGACCGAGCGCUCCGGCUCGCCCGGCCCCGUCUCAGUAUCAGCCACCAGCCCAUGUCCAGCUUCGAAACAACUCUGAAUCCAGUUCAGAGGGAUCGAGAUCGGUUUGUUCGGAUUGAGACUCUUGGAUCGGGCCUUACGGAUCCCAUGGCGGCGAAUGGGUUGCGUCUCUGAUCGGCACGGACGAUCUUGACUGUCAACUGACACUAGGGGGAGUCUUCAGAGCAAAGGAUUGAUGUUGAUUCACAAAGUGUUCUUCUCUCCAUCAUUCCUCGAUCGGCUCCCUUUUAAUCAUUGAUUUUGUGAAUACGAUGCUAUAUGUGCUUGCUGAUCCUGUUAGCACACGUAAUAAUCCGUUCUUGCUUGUUGCUACUUGUCUUGUAGGUUGCCUUCACUAGUUAUGUCUUUUGUUUCAUUAAUAUCCUGAAAUUGGCCGGGAUUGCCGACAAGCGGCAGUAGGAAGUGAAAAUGGAACUGAACACGCUUUCGGGGUGAAC